UCAGCGUGAGCAUGCCCAGUUUCAGUUGAAAGGGAAUCCCUGAUUUGUGAGUAUGUGGCAACGGUUCUCGAGCUAGCGUUUGCCAUACGGACUUAGCGACACGCGACUCCUCCCUGUCGAAGUCCACCAUCUAGGCUACCGGCGUUUUUAGUUACUUGCUGUCUUUAGCCUAGCCUGUGUAGCUGAGCUUCUUGCAGAUCCGGUGAAUCAGCCUUCAGAUUCACAAAAAAUGGCAACAGUGUUUAAGGAUGAGAAGGAUCUGCCACCUAUGACCUGGCUUCACAAGUUCUGCUGUCGUAUCUUGAAAGCGGGACCAAUUCCUAAACAUGUUGCCAUCAUCAUGGAUGGCAACAGAAGAUUCGCCAAGAAGCAUCAGUAUGACAGUACACUUGGACAUGCAAAAGGAUUUGAUAAAUUAGCAGAGACUUUAAUGUGGUGUUCGGAACUAGGUAUCAACGAGGUAACAAUCUACGCAUUUAGUAUAGAAAACUUCAAGAGAUCAAAGGAAGAAGUGAAUUACAUAAUGGAUCUUGCAAGGGAAAAAUUCCAUCGGCUUCAAGCAGAGAAAGAACAGAUUCGAAAACAUGGCGUUUGUGUAAGAAUUAUAGGAGAUAUAACACGGUUACCCCAGGAUCUACAAAAGCUAGCAGCUGAUAUAGUGUACUUCACAAGAAACAAUACAAGAGCAAUAUUGAAUGUGUGCUUAGCAUAUACUUCUAGGAAUGAGAUCACAAAUGCCAUCAAGGACAUAGCUGGUGGCGUUGAAAGUGGAUUAUUAUUUCCAAGUGACUCAUCAGAGGAACUUAUAGAGAAGUGCUUAUACACAAACCAUUCCAAAGAUCCAGAUUUACUGAUUAGAACAUCAGGUGAAACCAGACUGUCAGACUUCCUGUUGUGGCAGAGUAGUUACACUGUUUUAUCAUUCACUGAGGUGUUAUGGCCAGAGUUUACCAUUUGGCAUUUAUUUGGUGCUGUACUACAUUAUCAGAGGAACUUCCAAUCAGUACAAACUGCCAAAGAACUUAGCGCAGCAGAGAGGAGGAGGGAGGUUCUAGAAUCGGAUAAACAAUGCGUCCUACACCAACUUCAAGCGGGAAAUACUACUUGCUCCUCUGAAGAUAAAACCUUACAAAACAAAUUCCAAGAAAAACUAGCCCAAUACACAAUAGACAGGGAGCAGAGGAUAGCAGUAUUCUUGAACUCUGUAGAAAAGAAACGAGAACUGUACAUAAAAAGUAUACUAGAAGCAGAUUGAAUGUAGGUUGCUCACUCAUGCGAAACAAAAUGCAUUCCAUACGCUACACUGCAGAAAUUACAAAUCCUGUUCAAUGUCCGGGAAAAAAGUUAAUUUUUCGCUUUAAAAUUUGAUUGAUUGACAUCAGGUGGAACCAAGAUGGUGGCGUACAGGAGAAAAGUUUCAGUCGUUGAUGGUCACAGUUUCAUGUCAGUCUGCAAUAAAUUUUGCCAUCUACUGUAUGUUGGGAAUGUAUGAACAUUUCCCAUGAUCCAGGGUUAACAAGAUCAGCGAUAACUCAGCAAUCAAGAUGGGAUUUUCAAAGUAUUUCUCAAACUGAAGCAUGCACUUAAUAACAAUAUAUCAUUUUAUCUAUCUUAUGUUUUAACUUCCUAUUUCUGCAUGAUGUAUGUCUUGCAUGGGUAUUAUAUCCAUUCAUAUAUAUAUUUUUUAGAGUGAUAAUACUCAGAUGAUAAGUGUUCUUCCUUUAUUCUGAAAUUUCAACCUUUCCUUUCUGUAGGGAGGCUUAAAAUCAUUGGGCGAAAAAAUUAGAAAGCUGCAUUGAUGAAGUUACCCCAUGCUGAAUUGGUUCUAAGCAAAUAAUUUAAUACUUAAAAGAUUUUGUCUAAAAUUGCCAUGUGUCAAUUAGCAUCACUUCAUAUUUUUUGGGGAAGCAAAACUACAUUUAACUGGUAUAUUAACGUAGUAUACUGAUAAAAAAGUGUUUUCCAAAAAACAGAAGAUCCACUACUUUAGAAUUAAAAAUAUCUCAAAAAUGAAUGCAAGUUGAGAUUAAGAAUACUAAAUCUUUAGUAUCUCCUAAUCUGUGGUGCAAUUUUGGAAAUCUGCCCAAUAGACCUAUCCAAAGUGUCAAUCAAUCAAAACGUGUUAUUUGAUUGGUGGGGCAAGAAGUAUACAUGCGCCUCACAAAAACACAUUUAUGACUCUACUAUUCCAACUUGAGUCUGCUAUAUUAUAUUGUAUAUAUAUUUUUCUCUCUCUCUUCCUCCACCCCCCACCAUAUUUUUAUUGGGUAGUGUAUGAGCUUAUUGCCAAGUCAGCAUGGUACUACUAAAUAUUAUGAAUAUAGAGUUACAGAGUGAUGUAUAUAGAAAGAUUAAAAUAUAGAAUACAUAUCACAAUACUUGUAAGCCUACUUUACUUUUUUCAUCAUGUGUCUUAUAAAUCAAAAACAUAUUUUUCUAUCUCACUAGGAUACCUAAUAUUAUUUCAAUGACACACCACCUAAAAAGUAUAUUGUGUGGUGCUAGAUAUUUGUAUUAAGGGCUAACUAGCAAUGGUGUAUUAGACAACUCAGAUAUGACAAAAAGCGGGAAGAAUUAUAGGUUGUUUGAUAGUGACAGGGCUUUCAAAGUACUGGUGUCACUUGAUAAUAAAAGAUCUAUUACUUGCAAUAAAAAUAAUCAGGAACAUAAUACUGUACUAAUGGGUUUGAGCUUAGGCAUUUGAUGUGAUUGAGAGGAUGGGGUGGAGAUUGAGAACUAUAAAAUACAAUAGUUCAAGUUCCCUCCCUAACCAUCAUGGUUUUAGAUAACACCUUUGCAAGGGGCAGGGAUUAUUUUUUUGACCCUGCACCAUCCAAUUGUGCAUUCCUGUUUGGGAGAUAACCACAGGUACUAUACACAGCUUGCCAUUGCAAAACAGUAUUGUAUACUUUAGUACAGAUAAGCCAUAUACAGUACUUUCUCUCAUAGGUUUGGUAAUAGUAAAUCAUUUCCAGUAAAUUAUUCAUCAUU